GAGGCGGCGGCUCUGCGGGGCCCUACUGGGCGCUCGGAGGCGGGGUUGGCAGGUUUCCACCAGCGGGCUGAGAGCCAGACCCCGGGGCGGGCCGAGCGCGGUUUUAGGCGGAUCCCAGGACACGUGAUUCAUAUUUGAGGGACCCCGGCUGCCCCAGUCCAUCUGGCAGACUCUUCCUUGCACGUACAGUUAGCGUUGGCGAGUGAUUGCGACCAUGACGAUGAACCUGUUGGAGGACUGGUGCCGCGGGAUGGAUGCGGACAUCCACAGGUGCCUCCUGGUCACAGGCAUCCCGGAGGACUGCGGCCACGCGGAAAUUGAGGAGACCUUGAAUGGGGUCCUCUCUCCGCUGGGCCCGUACCUCGUGCUCAACAAGAUUUUUUUGAGGGAAGAGAAUGCCAAAGCCGCCCUAGUUGAGGUGGGCGAGGGUGUGAGUCUGAGGGCCAUUCCCCGGGAGUUUCCGGGAAGGGGGGGUGCCUGGAGAGUGGUCUGCAGAGACCCCACCCAGGAUGCAGAGUUUUUAAAGAACCUGAAUGAAUUCCUGGAUGCCGAGGGCCGCACCCAGGAGGAUGUGGUCCGCCUGCUCCAGCUCAACAACGACCCUCCGCCGCAGCCCCAGAACCAGAGCUCGCCUGAAGAGAACUGGGCAGAAACUUUGGGGGUGCUCCUGGGGGCUGUGAUGCAAAUCAUCUUACACAUGGAUGCAGAAAUCCGCAGCCUGGAGGAAGCUAGGGCCCUGGAGGCCGCCGAGGCCUAUGAGGUGGCAGCAGCCGCUGCAGCAGCCGGGAGGAAGGUCAAGAGGGAGCCAGGGAGGGCUGCUGAGGUGGGCCCUGCCCAGAAGGUGGAGAACCCAGACAGCUGGAAUGACACGGAAGAGGAAGGUGACCCUCCCAAACCUUUGGUUCCUAAGGCUGGAGCUAAGAAUCGCUCCAGGAGAAGGAAGCAGAAAAAAAAACCCAGGCGGGAACCAGUACCCUGGAAGAAACCCGGAGGCCACCCUUCCAGCAGCUCUGCCUCCUUGGAGGAUCCCGAGGCCGGCGAUGGUGAAAACAGGGAGGUGUCAGAACACACCAGGAGCAACAGAAAGCCCUGUGUGAAGCCAGAGGAGUCGGCUUUGAAGAAGCCUGCGGAGAAAUGUGCUUGGAAGUCUCCCAGACCCGCGCCUCAGGAGGCCGGGACAGAGGCUGCCCCUGAGUCAGACCAGGAUGGUGGUCGUGAGGGCCCCCCAAGGAAGAAGGCCGCGUGCUGUGCCUCUGCCAAGAGCCUGGCCCUCGUGAGGAAGAAGAAGAAGGUGAGCUUGGGCCCCAUCUCUUAUGUCCAUGUCGAUGUGGAAGAUGCCAAGAAGAAGCCAGUGAUUCCAAAGAAAGGGCCAGGCUGGAGAAGGGGGGUGUCAGUUCAGAGUGCCCCUCAAGGCCCACAGCCCGCCGAGUCGCCAGCCCCAACAUCACAGGGUGCAAAGGUCAAGCCAGAAGACUCCCCUCAUGAACCCAGGAAGCUUUCAGUUGGGGGACCACGGACCUGAAAGAAGACCAAGGAAGAAGUUCCAAGUUGGGAACAAAGCUUUCUCUUGUCUUUGAGUGAACCCAUACUUUUGACUCGCUUAGGGAC